AUGGCCAGCCAGCCCUCCCAGCGAAUCCACUCUCCGAGCAGGGGGGUUUCGUUGCUUGUCCAUGUAUGUUUACCACCUUCACGGCUCGGGUUAAGUGAUGGGCGAGUCUUGCUAAAGCCGUUAUUGUAAUAGCUCGCGGGUUUAAUUAGCUUUUUCAGUUCUUUUGAUUUGUACCACCUCCCCCCUCCUUCCUCCCUUCCUCCCUUCCUCCUUACUUCCCUCCCCCUCCCUGUGAAGUCGAUAUUGAAAUCAAUAUCACAUCGCAGCGCAAUGCCAGUACAUGUGCUAACGCCUUAUCAAGCCUCCUCAAGAAUCCAAACGAAAUGUACGUCUCUCAAUCAAACAAUCUAAUGCGGGAAAUUUUUCCUAUCCCUGAUCUAUAUCUCUCACCUGGGAUGAUUUCCCGACCGCUUACCGCCGCACUGACCAAAUCACGCAUCACAUAUACAGAAGUAAAGGAUAUGGGUGCGUAUUGCUACCCCCCUUCCACCAUGCCCUGUCUUAUCUCCUCAUUCUUCUUUCCCUCUGCCACCCCUCCUCUUUACCUGGUACAAGACGAACUAAUUCUCGGUACGACACCGUAUCAACAGCUGGCACUUUCAAUUUCUUACGUAAGCCCGCAGCCCCCCACGCUCUCCUUCCCCCCACUUCACUCGGUUUGAGGAAGGUUGCCAGCACCCCCGAAUUUGUCAAUCUGCCGAUGAGAAAAGAAAAAUAAUAAUAUUACAUUCAGCCAAGAAAUUUUGUCUGAGAGCGGAGGAGAUCCGGUGUCGGGUUUUCCAUCUUAUCGUUUUUUUUGUCGCUAAUUCGGCAAAAACGUCGUAACCUCACAGGAUUAUCGCCCUAAGCCUCGCAACAAUAACCUUUGUGCUGGGGCUUGUAGCAGACCUCUUUCUCUGGCGGAACGCCUUCAUCGCCAAGAAUUGGCUGGCGGUUGGAAGUGCUCCGCUCGAGACGUUGAUCAGUAUUUUGUAUUGGGGUAUCAGUGCGGUGCAUUCUAACCUUUUUUUAAGAAAAUUCUGAUAACCCUCCCCUACAUUACCCAUAUAUGUUGCUCCUACAUAUACGCUCCUGCACUUGUGCACGAUGCAACAUCUCGUCCCGGGACUGCAGGCUAAUCUGAACGAGGGGCCGGGGGGAGGUUAUGAACGCUUCAGAUUGAUAGAGACCUAGUUGUUCCGCCUGACAUGCGGCUUGACCCUUUUGUCGGUUAGUCUCCUCAUCCACUCCCUUCUGCAUAUAUUGUGCAUACCCGCCCUGCCUUAUCUCUAACCCUUUCUUUCCUUCUCAUUUCCUCCCUCAAGACAUGGGCUUUCACCUCUUCCCCGCGCUCCUCCUACUCAUCGACAUUCUGCUCCUCUCGCCGCCAUGGGCAUUCACUUUUCUACCCGCAAUGUUGAUCCCCUCGGGAAUUGCCACUGGGUAUUGGAUCUGGCUAGAGCAUUGCUUUUCUGUUAACCGGAAUUAUCCAUAUCCGUUGUUCGAUGUUAUUGGACCCAAGGAGAGGGUCGCAGUGUUUGUUGGGAGCGCGGUUAUGAUGAUGGUUUGUGCUUUGGGAAUUGGGUGGGGGUACGAGAAGGUCAAUGGGGUUGACAUGGUUAAGCAGGUGGAGAGGAAGAGGGCGUAGGUCUGGUGGAGUGGGUGUGCUUGGCGCUAGGGGGGGGGGGGGGGAACUAUGGGGACAAUAUAUGGGCUGUGUGUGGGGAAGGGCGUGGAUGGAGACGACAUUGAUAGCUAAUAAUAUAGCGAUGGGUGAGACGGUGAAUAAUUAUUGGUAUUUUUGGGUACUAUAGAUACAAACAUAACUUUUGGUCUACU